AUUUUAAAAAGUUUUUUUGGAUGGUUUCCUGCCCUUUACACAAUAAAGAGGGGUGAGAGAGGAUGAGCUGCAGAGGGAGCAGUAGAUGUAAACUCCUGCCUAGUCACCCUGGCAGUUUUCUGUCUUAGAAAUCCAACCAGAAGUCAUGGUUCCCUCCAGAAAAAAAUAAGUCUGUUGCUUUCUCUCCUCUCCUGCCAGCUUUUCUGCUUAAAACCAGCUCUCUCUCCUCUCUGCGGGUUCAUCUUUCAGCCAGUCUUCCUGCCAGUCUUCCUCUGCUUCAGAUUCUUGGUCUCCCUCUUGUUAACGUCUCUGGACCUCUUUCACCCAUCCAAAAAAAACUGGGGGUAGAGGGCUGACCUCGAGAAGAGGGAAUCCUCGCCCACCCAAUCCAACACCACACACACACACACAAACACACUCCAGCGACCUCCAGAUGUUCCCGACCGUGCGGCCAUCUGCUGAGAUGGCUCAGGCACUCCGGGGGAGGGGGGCAGGGAUCCCGGUGGCAGGAAGCAGCGAGGCCGGCUGGAGUGGGAGGGAGCUGCGUGCGCACUUUUGAGACGCUCCCUAGGGAGGAACCCUAGGCGCGGGCCCGGCGAGAGGGCGAGGGGCGGGGACCGCGCCAGGAGAGGCCCGCACUUUAGCGACACUCCCUAGGUCGCCGGCUGCCAGCCCGAUCCGCCACUGGGCGCUGAGCAGGCGGUGGUGCGCCCAGCCGCGGGCGGGGACCGGGGGGCGGGCCGCGCCGCGCUGAGAAAAGCGCCGGCCGGAGGGCCGGUGGCUGGGCCGCCAGGCUGAGAGUGCCGAGGCGGCUGUGGCGCAGGCUUCUAGUCUCCUCUGAGGUGGCUAUGUCCAUUUUACAGAUGGGGAAACUAAAGCAGAGAUUGUGGCGAGCCAAGAUCAGAGAAAGCAGAGAUGGCCACCAGUCCCCACCAUGCCGUGGCCCCUGCUGCUAUUGCUGGCUGUGAGCGUUGCCCAGACAACCCGGCCGUGCUUCCCCGGGUGCCAGUGUGAAGUGGAGACCUUCGGCCUCUUUGACAGCUUCAGCCUGACACGAGUGGACUGCAGCAGCCUGGGCCCCCACAUCAUGCCCGUGCCCAUCCCUCUGGACACAGCCCACCUGGACUUGUCCUCCAACCGGCUGGAGACGGUGAAUGAGUCAGUGCUGGCAGGGCCGGGCUACACCACGCUGACUGGCCUGGAUCUCAGUCACAAUCUGCUCACCAGCAUCUCACCCACCGCCUUCUCCCGCCUUCGCUACCUGGAGUCUCUCGACCUCAGCCACAAUGGCCUGGCAGCUCUGCCAGCCAAGGGCUUCACCAGCUCACCCCUGAAUGACGUGAACCUUAGCCACAACCGGCUCCACGUGGUCUCAGUGUCUGCCUUCACUACCCACAGCCAGGGCAGGGCGCUGCACGUGGACCUCUCCCACAACCUCAUCCAUCGCCUUAUGCCACACCCCGUGCUGGCCAGCCUGCCCACACCCCCCAUUCAGAGCCUGAACCUGGCCUGGAACCAGUUGCGCACCAUACCGGACCUCCGGGACUUACCCCUGCGCUACCUGAACCUGGACGGAAACCCGCUGACUGCCAUCAGCCCAGGUGCCUUCAGGGGGCUGCCAGGACUUACACACCUGUCGCUGGGCAGUCUGCAGAGCCUCCCCAAGCUGGCACCCUAUGGCUUCCAUGAGCUGCAGAGCCUGCAGGUCUUGGACUUGUCAGGCAACCCCAAGCUCCAGUGGGCAGGGGCCGAGGUGUUCUCUGGCCUGGGCUCUCUGCAGGAGCUGGACCUGUCAGGCACAGGCCUGAUGCCCCUGCCUGAGAUACUGCUCUUCCACCUCCCAGCGCUGCAGAGUAUGAGCGUGGGCCAGGGUGUGUUGUGCCGGCGUCUGGUGCGGGAGGGUGCUUACCCCCGCCAGCCUGGCUCCAGCCCCAAGGUGGCCCUGCACUGUGCAGACACGCGGGCAUCGGCUGUCAAGGGCCCCAACACUUUGUGACGAAUGAUGUAGCCUAGGGCCACAUAACAGACUGCUGCCCUGGGCUUACUCAGGUCUUGGGUAAUUUAUAUUUCCGUGUGCCAGUGCCAGUGGGGACUGUUCAGGCCUAUGUGGUAGCAGCAUCAGGAGAGAUCCAAGGGCCUGAGAAGAGGCUUUGGACCUGCGACCAACACCCAGGAGCAGAGUCUUGCCCCUUUGUCUAGGUUGCCCUUCCAAUCAUAAGCAGAGGGUCUUUGAUGCCAGAUUAAACAACAGUCCUCUGCUGUCCUUCCCCACUUGUUUCCUAAAGUGCCUUUCCUCGGGCCUGGGCCAACCUGGCCUGUGACAGGAGGAAGGUGGAGGGAGAUUCACUGCCAGGCAGAGGUCAGGUCCACGGCUGAGUGUCCCCUUGGGCCACCACCUAGUCACUCAGGGGCAUGGGUUUCUUUUACAAGGUGGUCCCUUCUUUGCUCUGGGCACAUGAGACCCACUGCAUUUUUUUCUCUUCCCCUAGAAUCCUGGGUAAAACUAGUUAUAGAAGGGACUGGAGAAAAAAUCAAGUGUAACUGCUCAUGUGACAGAGGGGGAAACAGGCCUAGAGAAGGAAAAAUCGCUAAUCUGAGGUACUACUGGGGACAUGACUGGCCCCCAGGGUCCUCCUAGCUGGGUCCCUUUGCACUUUCCUGUCUUCUGUAAAUCAUGCCGUCCUCUCCCCUUCCUGGGCUCUCCCAUCCUGCCAUUUGUGCUCUUCCCCUGUUAGCCCCCAGGAGGACAGGCAGGGGCCACAGAGGCCGGAUGCUGGACCAGUAAUCAGCUGUAUAGCAUGGGCUUAAAUGAGUUAACCUUGGAGCCUCUGGAAGCUUCAGAAAUGCCAGUUCCAGCCCUGCUAGUUUCCCAUUUGGGGUGGGGUCCCCAGCAUCCAGACUGGAAAUGUGCCCAUUGAGCCCUGAGGUACUGCCUCUAGAUGCUCCCCAAUAAGAUAAGGCAUUUCUGCAACCCCAUCUGGCCAUGAGCUCCAAGAGGCCUCCUGGAUUCAACCCCCACAGGCCUUGAGUCCAACAGCCCUCCUCAUCCUGCUGAGAAUGCACAGAGGGAGUCAGGGUAGCCCCCACCCAUCUUUAUGCUCCACCACAGGGGUGACAUCUCAGCUUCCCAGCCUGGGCUCUUUCCUUAGUAUUAGUUUUAUAAAAGUUGUUGUCUUUGUAAUGGACUGUCACUUUCAACCACCCCCUCACCCCUGCUGGCAGGGGAUUGAAAUGUGUCUUUUGUAAAAGAAGAAAAACUGCAUUUGUUCACUUUUAUAAUAUUGUGUCCCAGAAAUGUGUUGAGGGAGGAGGUGUUGGGUGGAAGCCAGCCAUAUGUGGCCAUGUGAGCAUCAGAGGCUUGUCCCAAAGAGACGCCCACAGGACAGUGAGAGCUCUGUCCUCGCCGCGAGCCCCACCCAGCACCUAAUUGGUCCUUGGUUUAAUAAACACUAUACAAAGAG